AUGCCUCACUCCGAGCAAAACGAUGCUCCUCUGGUCAAACGCCAGAAAGUCGGCACACCAGCCAAAUCUGCCACUCAUGCGCCCAAAGGAUCCAGGAUAUUUGCGCCGUUCAGGACUGUGGGCCUGGUCUCCCCAACCACUGUCCCAUUUACAUCGAUACCCCUAGGCAAAACCACCUUCCAGAUAACCACCUCCGUGGGCCGAUCUCUCCAGACAUAUGAUCUCAAACGCGGUCUCAAUCUUGUCUUCAUCACUCGUCCCCAAGCCCCUGCCGACAUAACAGCUACCUAUGCGUGGAAAGAGAAGGUGUUUGCCGCAUGGGGCGACUCCCGCAAUGGAGGCGCUCAGGGACUCUGGGUCUUCCAGCGUGGCAAGAAGGUCGCAGAACUCCCGCUGCCCAGCGACCUCGACCAACCCAUAAGACAGAUUCUCAUCUUUGGCUCUUGGAUAGUGGCCUGCUGCUCGACGAGAAUCGAGGCUUGGAAGACUGCCACCUACGAACACUACACCACUCUGCACACAGUGGCGUCGAAGGCCGGGGACAACGAGUUGACGGGCGGCAUUUGCAACAUGCCGACUUAUUUGAACAAGAUUUUUGUUGGUCGCCGGGAUGGCUGGGUCGAAAUCUGGAACAUCAGUACGGGGAAGUUGGUUUACACCAUCCUGCCUCCUUCGCCGAAAUGUGGUGCCGUCGCCUGUUUGGAGCCUUCCCCAGCCCUGUCGCUACUCGCUAUAUCCUAUUCGAACGGUCCUCUGAUCAUUCAUGAUAUCCUUAUGGACAAACGAGUGGUUCAGCUAAUGGCAGGCACGGAGGAGGCACCCGUCUCCGUGAUUUCAUUUCGAACGGAUGGUCAAGGGGCAGGCCAAGAUGGCCGAAAAGACGGUGUGAUGGCCACCGCAACGACAAAAAAUGGCGACAUCACCUUCUGGGACCUCAACAAAGGAGGCAGGAUCAUGGGUGUUCUUCGCAGUGCCCAUAACCCACCCUCACUGGACGGCCCCACUAUCGGCGGUGGAGUGAGCAAGAUUGAGUUUCUGCCCGGCCAGCCCGUUAUCAUCACCAGCGGUUUGGACAACUCAUUGAAGUCAUGGAUCUUUGACGAGACGCCGUUCACACCCGUUCCACGUAUUUUACACUCGCGGAGCGGACACUCUGGCCCGGUUACAUGUCUUGAAUUUCUACCGUCCGACUUCGAUGGUUCCGAAGCCGGUAACAAGUGGCUCUUGAGUGCUGGAAAGGAUCGAAGCCUUUGGGGAUGGAGUCUGCGUCGCGACGGCCAGAGCACCGAGUUGAGUCAAGGAGCCAUACGGAAGAAAGCCAAGAAGAUUGGCAUCUUGUCCCAGUCGACUCUCAGCCACGGGCCAACGACCACACUUGAUGACUUGAAAGCACCUGAAAUCACUUGCAUAUCUUCUUCGCUCAACCGCGAUGGCGGCAUGGGAGCUGUUCCCGGCAAGCAUCAGAUUUGGCAAAAAGGAAACACUCAGAAGAGAACAGAUGCUGAGGUCAGCGCAAUGACUGGCUGGGAAAGCGUAGUCACCGGGCACAAGGACGACCCCUAUGCCCGAACUUGGUUCUGGGGCAGAAAGAGGGCCGGUCGGUGGGCAUUUCAGACAGGUGAUGGCAUGAAUGUGUCCACAGUCGCCAUAAGUCCAUGCGGCACGUUCGCGCUGGUGGGCUCGGAAGGCGGCAGUAUCGACAUGUUCAACUUGCAGUCAGGCGUGCACCGACAGAAGUUUCCAUCACGGCUCACACCGGCGCAAGCCAGGCAGCUCAAAAUACACCAGAUGAGACAGACGGACUCUGUCCAGGAGCUUCAUGCUCGGUCGAGCUUCAAUUUCGCGCCAGGAACUGGAAAGCACACCAAGCCUGUCACCGGAAUAGUGGUCGAUUCGAUGAACAAGCUUGUCAUUUCGUGUUCCUUGGAUGGAACUGUGAAGUUCUGGGAAUUUCUGACUGGACAUCUGCUGGAGCAGAUUGACUGGGCUCCCAUGACAAAAGUAACAGGCUGUCGGUAUCAUGCGGCGAACGACCUUAUCGCCUUCUCUUGCGAUGAUAAUUCCAUUCGUGUGGUGGAUAUCGAAACAAAAAAGACAAUCAGAGAAUUCUGGGGCUGUAAUGGUGCGAUCAACGACUUUUGCUUCUCGAAUGAUGGCCGCUGGGUAAUCGCCGCGUCGCAAGAUUGCACCAUGCGGAUUUGGGAUCUCCCCACCAGCCAUCUCAUUGAUGCCUUCAAGUUCGAGACGCCUUGCAUGGCACUGGCCUUUUCAGGGACAGGCGAGUAUCUGGCCGUGUCGAACGCAGACCAGUUGGGGGUGAAUAUUUUCACGAACAAAGCAGUUUUCAAGCAUGUCCCGACGAGACAAAUAUCAGAGAGCGAGAUCGGGCAGAUAUCAGGUCCAACAACCUCGGGUGAAGGUGGUCAGGGCUUCCUCGAGGCUGCUUUUGAAGAGGACAGCACAGAGAUUGAGGGCGACGGCGUGGCAGCUCCAAGCCUGGAUCAGCUGAGCGCGGACAUGAUGACGCUGAGUCUGGUGCCCAAGAGCAGGUGGCAGACUCUACUGCACCUCGACCUUAUCAAGAAGCGCAACAAGCCUACGGAAGCACCUAAGGCACCCGAGAAGGCACCGUUCUUCCUGCCAUCCACGAACGGCAACAAAGCUCAGGGUCAAGACGCUCAGGCCACCGCGAAAGAAGAGGAUGAGUCCAAAUCGAGGAUUACAAAACUUGACUGGAGCCGUUCGCAGAUGACAUUCUCAGCAAAACUCCAUGACGGCGCUGUCAGUGGUAAUUACGACGGCUUUAUUGAACACAUGAAGUCGCUGUCUCCCUCCGCCGCCGACCUUGAACUGCGGUCGCUGUCCAUCGGCGACGCCAGUGACGGCGAGGAAAAUGAGCUGCUCCAUUUCAUCCGAGCGAUGACGGCCAGGCUUGUAGCCAGACGAGACUAUGAGCUGACGCAAGCGUGGAUGACGGUAUUCCUGAGGUUGCAUUUUGAUAUCAUCAUGGAGAGUGAGGUGCUGUUAGGCGAACUGAAGAGGUGGAAGAGCCACCAGGAGAAGGAGAAGGACCGACUUGAUAACCUAGUGGGGUACUGUGGUGGUGUCGUCGGUUUCAUCAGGAGUCCCAGGACAUAG